AUGGGCGAGGGCGCGGAGGGCGAGUCGCGGGCAUCGGGGAUCGCGGACGAAACGCAUCCCCAGCCUGACGAGAAGCAGCAGCAUGAAGAGCAUCAACAACAACAACAACAACAACAAGAUGGAGAUCAGGAGCCGAAGAAGAAGAGGAAGAGACGAACCAUCGCCUGCCUCCAGUGCCGGACCAGAAAGGUGAAAUGCGACCUCGACUUCCCAGCGUGCGGCCGCUGUGCGAAGAGCCCUUGGCCAAACUCCUGUGUCUACGAGAAUCCUGGACCAGCUUGGAACACGCCCAACUCGCUGUCUGCGGGCUCACGGCCGCUCUCGAGUGCUGAGCGGGCAAGGUCGAGUGCUGAUGCUCAUUCUAGCCAGCGACUGAGCGAGGAACAGAGGAUACGCGACCUUGAGCGUGUAGUCCUCAGCUUUGCCCAGUCUCAGGCCCAUGCAAGGCAGGGAGUGCUGCCGUCUAGGAAUGCUGGUGACCCGGAGCAGCAGCAUACUCCCUCGCCGCAUUCAACACAGCAUUCCCGGGAUGAGACUGCUGCUGGUACUGCUUGCUCUACUUCAAGGACGUUGGAUGUCCCCGGUAAAUCCCAUGUCGGAAUCAAGGAGAAUAAAACCCGUUUUUAUGGAUCAAGCAACGUGGCAAGCCUUGUCACUGAGUUUGGCGACCUCAAGGCCUACCUGAAGGACCUGAGAAGCGGGUUCCCUGCCCUGGCCAGGGUACAUUGCGACCUGGAUGCUAUCAAGGACGAACGCUCCAAGAAGCCGCUCGCCGGGGAGCUGUCGCUUGAUGCUGUGUUUCUCAGUGGACUGCUACCUGCACAGCCUGUCACCUAUAACUUGGUCCAGUACUAUUUUGCCUUCUCAAGCAGCACCUAUCAUGUCUUGCACAAGCAGUCGUUUUAUGAUCGUCUGCAGGAUAUUUACCAGCGGCCUCAGCUGGUCACGGCUGGGUUUGUCAUACAGGUGCUCCUCGUCCUGUCCAUAGUAUGGAGCGUGGAUGCGCCAGAGUCCAUGACGCCCUCAAGCAACAAGGGAGUCACCCGUAUCAUGGCCAUGGAAUGGAUACACUGGGGUGAUGCCUGGAUUUAUCAUUCGAAAACUAAACGACCGAAUAUGACACUCCUACAGACCCGUUGUCUUCUCAUCCUCGCAAAGGAGGCAAAUUUUACACGCAAGAACCAGGCAUGGGCCGCGACUGGCACCACCGUCAAACUGGCUAUGUCGGCAGGCUACCAUAGAGAACUAAGUCCUGAAACUAAUUUUUCUGUUUUCGAUAAAGAGAUGCGGCGGAAGCUUUGGUCGACCAUCGUCGAAUUGGAUCUCAAUGCAUCGUUUGACCGAGGGAUGCCACCGACUGUUCAAGCGGCCGAUUACGAUACCUCCCCACCCAUAAACAUCAACGAUGAAGACCUUGUGGAAUCAGCUAAAAACUGCCCAGAGCCGAAACACUGGCAGACACCUACCGACUCUUCAUUUCAAGUCAUACUGGCGCGAUCUGUCGAUUUACGGUUGCGUGUUUGUGCGCUUGUGAAUGCACCCCGCGUGACUAUUUCCGCAUCUCAGCUGUCGGAAUUAGACGAUGAGAUAACACGACACCUCUCCGAAGUCCCUCAGGGCUGGGAAGAUCUUGAAUCUACGGACCUCCGACAGAAGCAGCGAGUGAUGCUCUGGCGAACCCUCAUAGACUCACGGCUAAGACGGAGCCAGCUAUGCUUGUAUUCAUGCUAUGCCCUGAGCGAAUCUCAGGGGUCAGUUUUCAACUCAUCGUGGCGGGCUAGACUUGAAGUUGCGAUGGAAAUCCUUUGCCAGCAGCAGCAGCUAGUUGAUCAGUUGGGGAGGCUGGCAUGGCCUGCACUCACGGAUAUCACCUUCCAGGCAGCGCUAACCAUCUGCCACUACCUGCACAGGUCUGAUCGCGGAUUCGGCCACCUAUAG